AGCGGUGGCGGUGCGGCCGGGAGACAAAGGCGAUGCUGCAGGGGUUGUGGGUCUGUAACGCCGCAGCUGUGUCCCGUUCCGUGCUGGCUGUAGCCCGGGGCACGUUUUAAGGCACGGCCAGAAUGCUGUUCUGUUUCAGACCGACGGAAUGCCAGGAGCUGGAGGCGGUGUCGACGCGAUGGCUUCCGGAGACCGCCGCCAGCGGGAAGCCGCCAAGCCAGCCUUCGGCGAGGACGAGGUGGCCGAGCUGGUGGCCGAGGUGUUCGGAUUAAAGGCGGCGUGGGUCAGGCCCCUGCCCAGCUAUGACGAUCAGAACUUCCACGUGAGAGUCUCGAGCGGAGGCGAGGCCGAAGGGGCCGAGGAGUACGUCCUCAAGAUCACCAACUCGGAAGACAGCCGGCAGCCCGCCCUCAUCGAGGCGCAGACCCAGGCCAUGGUGUUCCUCAGCGCCCGCGGCUUCCCCGCGGCCACGCCGCGGCUCACGAAGGACGGCAGCAUCAUGGCCCUGCGGGCAGGUAGCGGAUCUGGAAACAAAAAGUACAUGGUCAGACUGCUGACUUAUCUGCCGGGCACACCUGUGGCUAAAAUUGCUGCACCAACUCAGCUUCUGUAUGAUAUUGGUAAGCUAGCUGCCAGUUUGGAUAAAGCUCUCACAGAGGAAUUCCAUCAUCCAUCAGUAGGAAGUCUGCAUCGAGAUCAGUUCAUCUGGAACCUGGCGAACGUCCCUCUUCUGGAUCAGUAUGUGGAUGCCUUGGGCCAGAAGGAGCACCGAGACGUUGUGCAGUGGGUCAUCCAGCAGUUCAAAGAGAAAGUCACACCCAAGAUAAGCAGUUUUCGAGCUUGUGUCAACCACGGGGACCUCAAUGACCACAACAUCCUGGUGGUUCCUGGCUCCCCUCGCGGGGCGGCCCCGCAGUACUGCGUGUCAGGCGUGCUGGACUUCAGCGACAUGAGCUACGGCUGCUACGUGUUCGAGGCGGCCAUCGCCAUCAUGUACAUGAUGGUGGAGAGUGCGGAGCCUCUUGGUGUGGGUGGACACGUCCUGGCAGGCUUCGAGAGCGUGCUGCCGCUGACGGGCGCAGAGCGGGCAGCGCUGUUCCUGCUGGUGAGCGGCCGCUUCGCGCAGUCGCUCGUCAUGGCGGCGCACACAGCUCUGCUGCACCCAGAGAACAUGGAGUAUCUCAUGGUCACCGCCAGGACGGGGUGGAGGCACCUGAUGGACAUGUAUGCGCUGGGCCAGGAGGCGGUGGAGAAGACGUGGUUUGAGACGGCCGCGGCGUAUGUGAGGCAGCCCCGUGAGGUGGGGCUGCAAUAGAAUCAUAGAAUUGCAAGGUUGGAAAUGACCUGCAAGAUCAUCUA